AAAAUAAAAAAAAAAAUAAAGAAAAAUAUUUUGUGCCAGUUUUUCUUUGAUAAUAAAAAAAAACAUCAGGGGAUAACCAUUACCAUUUACCACCAAAUGAAAGCCCAAUUUGUCCUGAAAAAACAAGGUAUAAUUCACCUGGAUGUACAAAGUAGUUGUGAUGAUAUGUACGAUUUUACUAACACAUGUCAACGUUGUAAAAUUUUAUUUAGUCUUUAAGAUUUGUUUUACCUUUAGGCGUGAAUGGGUUAAGCUCUG